UCUCAGUGACAAACUCCUUCCCAAGACAUCAGCAUAUCACGAGAUAUGGCUAGAUAAGAAAUUGGUCGCCGGAAAUGCGGUCCGAGAUGUUGAACCCAUGUACGGUCCUUACUACCUCCCUAGAAAGUUCAAAAUCGCCGUUGCUAUCCCACCGAACAAUGAUGUGGACAUCUUUGCCAAUGACGUUGGAUUUAUUGCCAUUGCCGACAAUAAUGGCCGUUUGAUAGGCUUCAAUGUAACAGCAGGUGGCGGUAUGGGAGUGACUCACUCCAACAAGAAGACCUAUCCACGAACUGGAUCUGUGCUUGGCUUCUGCCGUACAGACCAGGGUUACAAGGUCGCCGAGAGUAUCUUACUCACUCAACGAGAUAAUGGAAACCGUACCGAGAUGGGCUUGGAGGCCUUCAAGGCAGAGGUUGAGAAGCGACAAGGAUUCAAGUUUGAGCCGGCCAAAUCAUUCAAAUUCGAUAGCAACAUUGACGAAUUUGGAUGGCAGACAGACACCCAAGGAAAACACCAUUUCACAUGUUUCAUUGAGAACGGACGUGUACAGGACGAACCAGGCAAGGACUUCAAGACAGGACUGCGAGAAAUCGCAAAGGUGCACAAGGGUCGAUUCCGUCUCACCGCCAAUCAACACUUAAUCAUUUCGGAAGUCCCCGAGUCCGAACUGGAUACGAUAAAGAAGUUACUCAAGAAGUAUGGGUUAGAUAACACCCAGUUUUCGGGCCUACGUCUGUCAAGUUCCGCCUGUGUCGCAUUCCCUACGUGCGGUUUGGCGAUGGCCGAAUCUGAAAGGUAUCUACCUGUGUUGAUCGACAAGGUUGAAGCGAUAUGCGAAGAGAAUGGUCUCCGAAAUGACUCGAUCGUUAUGAGAAUGACUGGAUGUCCCAAUGGGUGUGCUCGUCCAUACCUUGCAGAAGUUGCAUUUGUCGGGAAAGCACCUGGUGCCUAUGUCAUGCUUCUAGGAGGAGGGUAUUAUGGACAGCGAUUGAACAAGAUUUAUCGAGAAAAUGUCACGGAGCCGCAAAUCCUCGCCAUCCUAAGGCCCAUGAUCAAACGAUAUGCUUUAGAGAGGCACGAAGGUGAACAUUUCGGUGACUUUGUCAUAAGAGCUGGUUAUAUAUCGGCAACGACCUCUGGAAAGGAAUGGUACGAGGGCAUGGGAGGCGAAGGAGAGCAUCGUGAAUCUGCCUUAGCGUAA